GGGCCAGUGAUAAAUUCACUUUUGUCUCGACCUCCUUUGUCAAAAUUACAAAACAUUGGCAUAUAAUAAUGGUGUCAUUUAAAAGAAAAAAAAAGUAAAUUUUUAUUCAAAAUGGUGUCUUACACGGGAGAAGAGCGAGCGUUUUGCAUUCAAGCUUUUUAUGAAAACAAUCGAUCUUAUGUGUCUGUUCGUCGGCGUUUUCGACUUGAGUUCGGAUUACGCAAUAUUCGUGAGUGUCCCAGCACAAAUUUGAUCAAGCAAUGGUUAGUCAGAUUUAAAAGAACUGGCUCAACACUAAAAUCUCGACGUAAGGGACGUGCACGGUCUGUGCGUACUACUGAAAACAUCGAACGGGUGAGAGGUGAGAGCGUCUGUGAGAGCGGAUGCAAGAAAUUCAACGCGUAA